GUCGUCACUUGGCGCUCGACCACAUCGGCGCCGCGCAAACCAACGCACGGCCGUGAGCACACGUGCCGUGCAGGGCAGCAGUCGAGUGGCGUCGUGCCCGUGUCGCGCGCGUGCGCUGUCGGCAGGAUGUCGUCGGGCUUCGGAGACGAUCCUUCCGCCGCGUACGACUCGGCCGACUACGCCAACUGGUCGCUGGAGGAUCGGCAGGAGACGGAGGGCGACUACGGCGACGGCGGCUCCGAGUGGUGCGAGGCGGGCCGACGGGAGUCCGCCAUCAAGGUGUUCCAGACGUGCGUCUUCGCCGCCAUCUUCCUGUCGGGCGUGGCGGGCAACGUUCUGGUGAUGUCGACGUUCGCGGCGUACCGCCGCCGGCGCUCCGCCACGGACGCGUUCCUGUUCCAGCUGGCGCUGGCCGACCUCCUGCUGCUGCUGACGCUGCCGCUUCAGGCGGCCGACACCAACGUGGGUUGGAUCUUCUCGGCGCCGGCGUGCAAGGCGGUGCGCGCCGUCUACGCCGUCGGCACGUACAGCGGCCUGCUGCUGCUGGCGUGCAUCGGCGUGGAGCGCUACCUGGCCGUGGUCCGGAGCCGGCGCACGGCGCGGCGCCGCCGGCGCCCGACGGCGGUCGGGAGGGCGGCGGCGGCGACGGUUUGGCCGGCGGCGACGCUCUUCGGCCUGCCCGAGAUCUUGUAUUCCGGCGUGUCGGGCUCCGGGGCCGACGCCUACUGCGGCACGCUGGGCGGCGCCGACGUCAAAAGGGCCGCCGACGGCACCGUGAUCGGCGUCUUCGCUUUGUCCUUCCUGGUGAUGGCGGCGUGCUACUCGGGCAUCGCUCGCAUCUUGCGGGCGGGCAGCGGCGGGGCCGAGCGCUGGCGUCGCCGGCGCACGCUGAAGCUGAUGCUGGCGCUGGUUCUGCUCUUCCUGCUCUUCCAGCUGCCCCACAGCGUGGUUCUGUCCGUCAAGAUGGCGCGCCCGCUGUGCGCCCUGCUGCCGGAGUACGUCACGCGCACUCUGGCGUACGCCCGCUGCUGCCUCAAUCCCGUCACGUACGCCCUGGUGGGCCAGCGCUUCCGCGGAGACGUGCUCGAGCUGCUGGGCGCACGGCGGCCGGGCGAACGGGCCGGCGGCGGCGGCGGCGCCUCCGUGUCGCCGCCCGCUCCGAUGUGAUCCGACGACGUGCAUCCUGAUACGAUUCCGUUGAUUGCGACAGGGUUGAAUCCGUGUUUGUCUGCUCCCGCGCAUUCUCAUCGAAUUCUUCGCAGUCCGAUCCGGUGGCGCGUAUUCAACUCCGAUUCUGUACAUUGCCAUCUGAAUUGUACGCAUUCCAAUUUGGGCAAUUCCUCAUCCUCAUCUCUCUUCCGACGUUGCAUUCGGUCCAGAUGCCGUUGCCAAGGUGACGUCGUUCAAUUCACAUCUGGUGUCAAACUCGUUCAAACAUUCCCACCUUCCAUUUUGUCGCUGUCGGGCGGAAAACCCCCCUUUGUCCAAAUAUCGUUUCGUAUUAUUUCACAAAUUGACGCUGUCGGUCUGUACCCGCUGCUUUGUUACGUCCGCACAAUGGGAGCAAAUUCCAAGCGUCAACAAUGUCUUGAACAAUUCCAUUGUCUGAAUUAAAGUGUGGUGAAACUC